AUGGUCAUUACCUCCCCCUUCAUCUUCGAGGUCAAGCUCAACACCACUGGGAUCUGCGUUAUCCAGCUGGACACGGUGGACCAUGACGGGUAUCGCGUCAUCCUCCGGUCAUCAUGGCAGUCCGACAUUGGGAGAGUCGCGCACUACCAUGUCACUGUCUUUGCAACACAACACACACCAGACAUCACAUCAGCUGCUGAGUUUCGGAGGUUCUGGAUUUGUUGGUCGAAGGGCGGAAGUGUUGGUGUGGGCAGAAGUGGGGAUGACGAACCCUUCAUGAGCUGGACAGACCCUCAACCAGUCACUGACAUUACGCUGGCGGGCUACAAGACUAUGUAUGUUCUUGGGGUCUUUAGGUUCAACUGUACACAAGAUGGAUUUCCAGGAGUGUGUGUUGACCCACCGACCCAAGCAAACACUACCGGCCCCGUGUGCAACUGUCCUUAUCUGCUGGGGGAGAACUGCACCUACCCAUGUUCCCCGGGAUAUUACGUCAUUUCCGGUGAUGUCAUCGUCAGAACAUGCACCGCUGAUGGAUCAUGGACAGACAUGGGUAUCUUCUGCCAAGAUAUUGACGAGUGCUCCACUAUCAAUGGUAACUGCAGCCAGACCUGCACCAACACUGUAGGAAGUUACAACUGUUCCUGUAGUGAAGGGUUCGUACUGGACGAAGACAAACAUAGCUGUUCUAGUACGUAAUUUGUUGCAAACAUGUACAUAUUCUUAUUUAAAUUGUAUGUGUUUAAGUCUAUCCGACUUGUUUAAAAUUUAUAUACUGCAUUCACUGUCUUUAAACAUACGUAC